UUGCUUAGUCGGCUUAUUUUUCUGGAAGAGCGGUACUGUUGGUUAUUUUGUUUGGUAGGACGGUAUUAAGGCAUAUCUCCAUGUACGGAUGGGCUUGGACAUUUUUUGUCGGGGAUAUGCAAGAGCUGUGGGUGAGCUUAUCGCCGAUGGCGGCUGAAUAGCAUGUUCGUUAUAGAGACCCCUUUUCGGCGAUAGGGCGAAACAUCAUUGAUUUGUGUUUUAUCUUUGUGCCAAUGCAUGUUGGGCAGUCAAUCUGAGGCCAUCGUGAAAUUUGCUGAUGGGGGGUGUCAAAUCACCUAAGUCCUUUCUUUCUCCUUUGGGAUGUGUUACUUCCGAGAUGUAAUAUAACGGUGUUUGUAUGAUGGUUUUUGGUGGUAUAAAAACAGUCGUCAUCGGCCACCAUGAGCAGAAGACUCUCUGGCUUGAACAAACAACAUUAACAGUUUCAACAACAAAAACAUUUCAUCCUUUUCCUACAGUCUUCAAAACCAUACCUACCUGACUUCACCUCAUUGCUUCUUGCAUAGGAUAACUUACCAGCUCACACACCAUGUCAACCACCGAAAACCCCGUCUGGCUCAUCACCGGCGCCUCCUCCGGCUUCGGCUUCGCCCUCGCAAAAGAAGCCCUCUCCCGCUCACACACUGUCAUCGCAACCUCCCGCUCGACCUCCUCCGAGGGAAUGAUCUCUCUCUCCUCUUGGGGAGCCAUCACCCUGCCGUUCGACGUGACAGCCUCGGAGGAGGUUCUCUCGGGUGUCAUCGCCGAGGCGGCGAGUUUGGUCCCAGAAGGGAGAAUCACUCAUGUAGUCAACUGCGCUGGUUACAUACUUGAAGGAGCCGUUGAGGAGACCACGCAAGAGGAAGUGAGAAAGGUUUUCGAGACGAACGUGCUGGGGAGUGUGAACGUUGCCAGGGCUGUGGUGGGGAAGCUGAGGGAGACGGGGGGGGUGUUGGUGCAGAUGGGGAGUUUGGGGAGUUGGAUGGGGGGUGGGGGCACUAAAUGGGCGGUUUCGGGGUUGACGGAGGGGUUGGCGGAUGAGCUGAAGCCGUUUGGGAUUCGGGUUUGCUGUGUCGAGCCUGGGUAUACGAGGACUUCGUUUUUGGCGGAGGGAGGAGGGCAUAGGGUUAAGGCGAAGAAUGUGAUGGAGAGGUAUGAUGGGUUGGGGUUUAGGGAGGGGUUGAAUGCGUAUGAUGGGCAGCAGCCGGGGGAUGUGGACAGAUGUGCGGUUGCUAUGGUUGAUGUGUUGACUAGCACGGGGAUGGCUGACGGCAAAGAGAUUCCGGUGAGGCUGGUGUUGGGGUCGGAUUGCUUGAAGGUUGUGAGAGACAAGUGUGAGAGUACGCUGAAGCUGGUGGACGAGUGGGAGGCUGUUACCAAGUUUGCGGAUGGGCAGAAGUGAUAGACGACACGUCAGCUUUUGGGUUCUGUGUCCGAUGUUGAGUGUUUGAUAGACGAUAUAGAUUCCUGUUUGACCUUCGGUGUGGAGUCUUGUGUUGUCUUGGAUGUUGGUGAAAUGGUGAUAAUUGGGUGUAGGUUGUCAAUGGAGGCCUCGCUGGGCUGCAGAAUGGCCGUUGCAGCGGGGAAAACUCCGUGCCGUUCUGCCGUCAUCGGGUGCUAAUGCAGGCCAAGAUGCCGCUAACUUACGGCGCCUUGCGGG